UCUCUCUCUCUCUCCCUCCCCCUCUUGCCCCCCUCCCCCCUCUCUUGUGUCUUUGCCUCCAGCCAUCCUCCUCGCCGUUGGUCGCAAGUACAAUCGCACAAACACGCAUAUCGCGAAAGAAAAAAAGACACAGGCAUAGACCAGCCGACGAAAGCACACCACCAUGCCGCCCGCCCGGCGUCCCCUCGACAGCGACUCUGACAGCGACUCUGACUCGGAUGAUCUUCUCCGGCAGCAGCUGAGCCAGAUUGCCAACGAGGCGUCUGCAUCCUUGGGACUGCCAGUCGCGGCUGCCACUCCUGCGUCACCGCGCCCGACGCCCUCCAUCACCAGCCCAGCCACGCCAGCCGCGUCGGCUGCCAGCCCGGCCAGUCCGCCCGAAUCGCCGGCGGCCUCGGGGCUGGCCGUCGUCGCACACACUUGCGAGCAUCCGAUCACCCUGAAUGAGGGGGAUCGAGUGCGCAUCUUUCGGGACAAGAUCGUCUUCUACCUGGCGGCCCCAUCGCGAGGCAGCGCAGUUACUCCCGGGCAGCGCAAUGGCCCCCGGGAUGCGGCCGCCCUCGCCCGGCUGCGCGCCAAGCCAUCCAUUCGGCAGGCCAUCUACGGGGCCGAGGGGGGCGAUGCGCUGGAUGGCGCGGACGCCGAGGCCAGCCACUCGGGAUCAAGUCGGCGGCCCAAUCGCGAUAACAUGUCUCUGCAUGAGGAGCGCGAGAUGAAGCGCCACCUGAGCAAGCGCUAUCUGCACCUGAUGGACCAGGUGUUUGGUGAGUCGCGCGUUGCGUUCGAGGCCGGCCGUGUGCUGCCGGCCGCUCCGGCCUGCCCGCCCGUGCUGUGUGGCUUCCAGCUCCUGGCUCGUGAGGAUGCCUCUCCGCCAUAUUGCGAGGCGGCUGUCAAGCGCACCGAUCGGCCUGCCGGUGCUCUGGCAGCUCCUCCGGCGUCGAAGCGCUCCAGGAAGGCCUCGACCUCGACUCCCCUGGCGACUGCCUCGAAAAAACCCGCCCCGGUGGCCAUCUCCAACUUGAAUUCGGACUCCGAUUCGGACUCGGAUGUGUCGGACUCCGAGCACCAACGCCGGCUGGCCCUGCUUGGCACGGUGGCCGUAUGUGCGUCGGACAUCCGCAAGAGCGCCCUUUCCCUGCAGUAGCGCGGCGUGCACAGCCGCAGUCCUCCUCCCGCGUGCCCAUGAAGACGCCGAAGGGGAGGCGUCUCAUGCAAAUAGAUCGCGCGAUGCC